AUGUCUCUCUCGAUCUCUCUCUCCAACAAUGACAGGAAGCCUUUUCGACCAGGCUCUAUGCUCCUCGGGGUCGUCAAGCUCGUCACCCACGACGACCAGCCGAUCGGCGACCUGGCAAUUGCCUUCACGGGGCGCGCCAGUGUGCUGCUGAUUCACUCGUACGGAGACAUGACGACGUCGCGCAGGGACUACAAGUCUGUAGGCUACCUAUUCUCCCAGCUCCUCAACCUGCACCAGGGCAACAAGCAUGACACCCACCUAAAGGGGAACUACAUGUGGCCGUUUGCAUUUCAGAUCCCUCUGUGUGCCACGCCCAGGUUGGUCUCCCCAUUGGGAUCCAAGGACAAGGACUGCUUUCCCCCAGAGGAGCCAUGGAAGAACGACUACGACGGUGUCAACCAGCACCCGCUGCCGCCGAGCAUGGCCUAUAGCGGUCCUUAUCUCUGCUCCAUCGAGUAUUUGCUCCAUGCGAAGUUGACACAACCGGGGCGCGCCUCAGUCUUGUUGAACAGAGGUCUCAACGCGGUCAAGAAAGUGACGGUCCACACUUUCUCGAGACCACAAGAUCUGGACCCGAGCCUCGACGAGCAGCGGCGGCAGCCACUCUACGCUAGUUACCGACACUGGGUCCAAUGUACACUGGACGAUGGGAUGUCGCACAGCAUAGCAGAGACGUUCUGCUCGCCUGCCACUUCUCCUCUUCGUCUUCUUCGUCUUUGCCCAAAAGAUCGACGACGAUCCGAAUCUACCAAUCCUGCCUCGCCACCCAAGGUGGAAUUGCACAUCUCCGUCGUGCUGCCGAAGAGAAUAAUCCUCGAAGACCACGCGACCACGAGACUGUCCGUGAUGGUGGCUGCGAGUUCUCAUCCCGUGACGGAGUCCAAUAACGAUAAUACCAAUGGUUCAACAGAGGAGCAAACCCCUCCAAAAACGAGCAGGCAUUCCCUCCGCCACGCGAAUCUUAUCACAAGCUCUUUCAAAUUGUCUCUCGUGCAGCAUACCCACGUUCGUGCGGGUUGCCACCGCUCGUCCUCGGAGAGGCGGAUUUUCGUGCGAACAGGAUCUUGUAUCUUGCCUGUUACUUUAAGAGGAGCUUCUACUUCGUCCUCACUGCUCGAACAACCAAGGCCAGCCACCAAGUUCUCGGCAGACCAAGGCGGCGGCAGCAGCAGCAGCAGCAGCAGCAGCAACAGCAGCAACAGCAACGGACCACCACCGCCGCAGCCAGAAGAAGAAGUUUCCAUCGACCUAGCAAAAAUUACAGACCUCACGCUCCCCAGCACUCUGGCCCUAGUGCCGGAUUUUUCCACCUACAACAUCGCCAGGUCGCAUUCGCUGGACGUGCAGUUCGAGAUGCGGUACGGUGAGAAGAGGUUCAAAUUCAGCCUGAGAAAGAUCCCGCUCCGGAUCCUGUCGCCGGCCUGCUACUAUGCAGAGGAGGAGGACCACCAGCAUACCGAUCUCCGGCCCGGAGACAGGAGGCUGAACCAAAUCACAUGUGCAUCGGAUCUUGACGGCGGUGGUGAUCAUAAUGAUGUCUGGAUUGUCCCGCCUCCCUCGGAGUGCGAUCCCAAUGAUGACGAGAACAUCGCCAACGCUCUGAUCGCGGAACCGCCGCCGCAGUAUACUUGA